UAUUCAUUCAUUUGACUUCCAGAGAGAGAGAGAGAGAGGAGAAAAAAAAAAGGAAAAAGAAAGUAAACAAAAUAACCCCUCUCCUUCCCCACUCCUUUCCUUCCCUCUGUCUGCGCGUUCCUCUUCAAGCGUCGCGCCGGCGGGAAGGAAAUCGUAGUAGCAUACUAGCAUUACGGGUUACUGCGUCGAAAGCUAGGGUUUUGUUGCUUCUUUCUCCAGUUCGCGGAGCAGCAGAGCAAGGUGGCGGUUGCUAAAGAAUGCCGUUGACGAGGUACCAAAUAAGGAACGAGUACGGCUUGGCCGAUCCAGAGCUGUACAGAGCUGCCGAUAGAGAUGAUCCCGAGGCUCUUUUGGAGGGCGUUGCCAUGGCUGGCCUCGUCGGUGUAUUGCGCCAGCUCGGUGACCUUGCUGAGUUUGCAGCUGAGAUAUUUCACAACUUGCAUGAAGAAGUAAUGACAACUGCGGCAAGAGGCCACAGUCUAAUGGCUCGUGUUCAACAACUGGAGGCCGAAGUUCCUUCAGUUGAGAAGGCAUUUCUGUCUCUAACUGACCACUCAUCGUUCUAUGCAAACGGAGCAGGUGUCGAUUGGCGUCCUAAUCUGCACAUGGAACAGAAUCUGAUAACUCAGGGAGACUUGCCUCGCUUUGUAAUGGACUCUUAUGAAGAAUGCCGGGGUCCUCCAAGGCUAUUUUUAUUGGACAAAUUUGAUGUUGCAGGGGCAGGCGCAUGUUUGAAGCGUUACACUGAUCCCUCAAUCUUUAGAAUUGAAGCAACAUCAUCUACUACAAUGGAAAUGCAAAGAGAGAAGAAAGCUCGAAAACUGAAGAAGAAAGGACGGUGGAGGAAUGGAGAAACUCCAGAAGUUACACCAGCAUCACAUGCCAAAUUGCAUCAGCUGUUCCUGGAAGAGCGUGUUGCAAAUGGCCAUUCUGAUCCAGCUCGUGUAGUAAAAUUGAAAAGAAGGCAGUUAAAUGGAUCUCCAUUUGAUAUGAAAUCGGGGAAAAGCUACAUGGAGAAAUUCCUGGAGACUCUAUCACCAGAUAAUAAAGCAGUGUAUGAAGAUUCUGUUAAUCCACCACUCUCGACUUUAUCUCAGUAUGGCUACAAAGAAUCAGGACUUGAGAUUGUUGAGAUUACCGCUGUUAGUCCUGUGAAGCCACAGGUUGAUGUACUACAACAUGAUGAGUUCAAUGGGGACGAUCCUGAUAAAUGGUUGGUGAAGGUCUCUGAUACCGUCACUGAUUGUGAAACCGAUGAAUCAUCUCCUUCUUCUGUUCACAAGAUGCCAAUUGGACAGGAAUUAGCUAUUUAUGCAGGCGGUGGGAAAAGUGAGAGUUCAGAAGGAGAUCAAUUUGACGACAUGAUCAGUGAGGUGGAAAACUACAUGGAUGCUCUCACAACCAUGGAGUCAGAAAUAGAGACCGAUACUGAAUACAAAUUUAAGAAAGGUGGCGUCUUGAAAUUUGUGAGACGUGAGGCAGAAUCGGAUAUCAAUCAGGAAAGACGGCAUGACAUUCAAGUGAAGUUUCUGAAUUCUCAGUCGUUUGGUAACUCCUCAACGUCUGACGAUGGAAACAGUUCAAUAUACAAAGUAGGGUCUAGUAUUUCAGUAUCCGACUCUCAGAGCCAUGCGGCUGACAAUGUGCAAUCUGAUGGGGAAGGGCCAUCAAAAGUUUGCUGUUCUCGGGAAGAUAGUAUCCCGGAGACUUCCACGUUGCAGUCAGACUGUUCAUCUACUCGUAUGGUGGCUUGCACAAUCCAAGAAUCCCACGAGCUUGAGGUCUCGAUUGAUAUCUUUUCCGAAGAAGAGAAAAUCACCAAGCUAGUGCCAACUAUUUCUGUUGCAAAUCCUUUCACGGUGUCUUUAGCAGGAGAAGAUUCAGGUAAAAGAACACAAGUAGAUGGAGUUACUACUCCUCGAUUAGAACCUGAUCUUGAGACCAACGUAAAUCUAGAUAGUUCUUCUGUGGGUUCAUCUGAAAUACCAUGGCAUACAAAGCAGGUGGUUGCUCCUUCGAAAGGUUCUUCUGAGUAUAACUCCAUGAGUGACCAGCAGCAGGAAGAUCCUAAAGCUUUGCCUUUAUAUUUGUCAUAUCUAGAUUCUGUGCAGAGCAGCCAUGAUGAUCCCUUACAUGACGUGUCAGAAACAAAUUACUCGGGUGAUGCUGGAAUUGUGAUCCCUCAUCAGUUGCCAUCUGAACAUGAUAACAUGGUUGAAGAAGCAACAAAUGUCAAUGAUGUCAAUGGUGCACUCCUAAAAGCCACCUUACUAUCUGGAUCUCAGUUCGCUCAAUCAGGCCAAUUGAAUUCUGAGCCGGAGACGAAAAAACUAGAAGAAGAUAUUUCUGUUGUUUCAGGCAAGGAGGAAAUGUUAAGUGAAGCUAAUGCAUAUGGCAUUGUUGCAGAAGAUUCUUAUGAGUGUUUUGAUGAAUCUGGUCUACGGGAUCUGACUGACAAGCACAACACUAUAACCGAGGCUGAUCAACUGAAGGACGUGGUUACACCUGUAUCUAUCCCACCUGCUAGUGAUGAGCAUGGAUAUGAUACUAUUUGUCCGUCAUCCAAAGUGAUUGGAUCUCCAUCUAGCCAUCCAUCAUUAGAUGACCAACAUCAGACAGCAGUGGACCUUCACCAGAAAAUUUCCUCAGAAACUGAACCUGAGGCACAAAAUGAAGUCAUUCCAAAAGAUAGAGAAUUCAGUCACGGUGAAUCCAUCUUCGGUUACCCUGUUUUACCAGUGAGUGUUGGUGGCGUUGAUGCCAGUGGAGAACAAGUUUCAGGAGUCGAUGCCGAUCACAGUGUGCUGGAACCGCAACCUGUCUUUAGUUCAAAAGAGGCAUCUGAAGGUGAUGGUUUAUUCCCCAUAGCAGGAACACUAGAAAUGUCAGCAGUUCAUGUCAAUGAAGUAACUUUUGAGUCUGAAGAGUAUUCUGCCCAUGAUAUGGAAUCAACUUCAGAUCCCUCCUAUUUAGCAGAGUCGGGAAUAACUUCUGAGCGGGCAUGGGAUUUGCAUCCUGAUCAAACUGAUGAGAGUUGUCCAGAACCAGAUGAGGCAGGAGGCUUUACAUCAUCAAAUCUUCAGUUCAAAGACAUGCAAACUUUGCCUCCUGGACUGGGCACACUCUCCACUGCAAAAGACGUGAAUGUAGAUGAGGCUCCACCGUUGCCACCUUUACCUCCUAUGCAAUGGAGAAUGGGAAACUUUCAACCUGCUUCACCUUCUUUGCAGACUGCAUGUUUUGGCCACUGUAAUAAUCUACCAAUGCAACCAUUUUCUGCUGACGAGCACACCAAGCCUUAUCACCCAUUCCCAACUAACAUUAUUGAAGAUUGUCAGAUGGUUCAAUGCUUAUCUGUGGAUGAUUCAAUAGGGAAUUCCGCGGAGCAGCAGAAUCACACAUCAUUUGAAUUGGCAUCACUAGCUAAUGCUGCAAAUAUCGAACAAGAUUCACAUCAGCCUUCACACACAUUCCCAAGUAACAUUAUCGAGGAUAGUCAAAAAGUUCCCUGUUUACCUAUGGAUGACUCAGUAGAGGAUACCUUGAAGCAGCCAAAUACCUUACCAGUUGAAUUGCAAUCAGUUGCUAAUGCUGCAAAUCUGAAACAGGAAUCACACCCAUUGGAAGAAUUGGAUCCUCUAAACCCAUUUGUUACCUCGGAAGAAAUACCAAAUGAGAGGCCUGAACUCAUUGAUUUUCCAUCAGGAGACCCAGAGCAAUCUAGUUCAGAGUCCUUCCCAUCUGCAACAUCCAUGUCCAAUGCAUCUUCAGAAGCUGAGCUUGUGCCCUCCUUUCAGGAGAAGGCUCCUGAGGAAUCUUUACCACCAGGAUCUUUGGCAAAGGAGCAACAACAGCAAAAGGUGGUUGCAUCUUAUGGAGGAGGAACAUCGUGGCCUCCGACAACAUUAGCCCUGCCACCAUCCUAUGAACUUGGAAAGGCAGCAAACGGCAACAAGCUACCUCGCCCUAGGAAUCCUCUUAUUGAUGCUGUUGCUGCAGUAGAUAAAAGCAAGUUGAGAAAGGCAGCUGAAAGGGUUCAGCCACAGGCUAGCUCAAACGCAGAAGAAAGGGAUUCGCUACUAGAACAGAUCCGGACAAAGUCGUUCAAUUUGAAGCCCGCAGCAGUGAGUAGGCCUAGUAUGCGUCCUAGCAUGCCUGGUAUUCAUGGUCCUAAAACCAACUUGAGAGUUGCCGCCAUCUUGGAGAAAGCAAAUGCAAUCCGCCAGGCAUUGGCUGGGAGCGAUGAAGAUGAUGAUGAUGAUAGUUGGAGCGAUUCUUGAGCUUAAGUUGCUCAACAAGUUACCAUACCAUGGUGAUUGUUUCUGUGGUAGUAAAUAUCUUGUUCGUUGUAAUGACUCGGCAUGAGUUCUGGUUUGCCCUCUAGUUUAGCUGUAUUCAUUUUGGCGAGGUUGGUUCUCCAGGCAAAGCAUUCUUUAUAGAAAGACGACUGCGGAUCAGCGUGCAAGCGCUCCAACCAAUCAAAUAGUAAUGCCAUAUACAAUUGUAUCAAAUAUAUCUUGACAGUGUAAAUAGCGUUGCCAUAGAAAGUUUUUUUUUUUUUUUUUUUUUUUGUGUAGUAUCAUAAAUUUCCGGGAAAAUUUAGUUACCUUCUGUAUUUAGUCUUUAAGUUGAUGCUUAAACCACAGUCAUGGUUUGGGAUGUUUUGUUUUGGGCGUAUAGAGCUCAGACCUUGAAAAUGUACACGAUACUGUAACUAAAGGAUGAUACGUUGGCUGCGGUAACUAUGCAGUAAGGAGUUUCAACGUCUCGUCGAUCUUUUCGCUUGGUGUUGUUGCUGCUGUUGUUGUGCAGUCUAAAUGGAUUGGGAGUUUGAUUUGAUUACAAACUGGAUGAUAUUUCAAGGAAAUGGAG